ACGAAAUCAAAAGUUUUCUUUAAAAAAGAGCCGACGAACUUUUUAUACGACUGUAUUUUCAGUUGCACCUUUCUAUCAACUUCAGAAAAGCUCUUUUUAUAUCUACUCAAUAAAAAAGAUGUUCCAUGUUCAACAUUAUGGUGAAAAUCCUUAUCACUCACAAAACUAGGAAACAAAAACCUUACAUUCAGUUGUUGUUUGCUUUCCAUGCCAAAAGGACGUGUCGGAACAGUAAUCGAAAAUAUUUACACGAUUUUCAAAUUUCACUCAUAUUCGGGUCGCAUUUCUGCAAUACUUUAUUCUAAUGUCCGUUCAGUUUAAAAACACCACACUAUCCCUCUCAGAACUUUUUAAUUAUCAUAAAAAUAACCCUGAUAAUAGCCUCAGUGCUUUGAUAAUUAAAAGCAACAAUAACGGUAGUGACACAAGUGGAAUGAAAGCAUCCUGGCUUAGUGGAGGAGAAAUACAAAUACCCUGCUACACCAUAAUCCUUUUACUUUCCGUCGUUGGUAAUUUGCUUGUGAUAUCAACUCUAGUACAAAACCGAAGGAUGCGAACGAUAACUAAUGUUUUUCUUCUAAAUCUGGCUAUUUCGGAUAUAUUACUCGGUGUCCUUUGUAUGCCGGUGACAUUGGUUGGCACUCUGCUAAGGCACUUUAUAUUUGGAGAAUUUUUGUGUAAACUAAUACCAUUCUUACAAGCCACAUCUGUUGCAGUAUCGUCCUGGACUUUGGUUGCCAUAUCGUGUGAACGUUACUAUGCUAUUUGUCAUCCCCUUAGAUCUCGCACAUGGCAAACUUUAAGUCAUGCAUAUAAAAUAAUUGCGUUAAUUUGGAUAGGAAGCUUUUUUUGCAUGUCACCAAUAGCUGCUCUUAGCCAACUCAUUCCUACUAGUAAAGUUUUUGAAUUUAAAUUUAAAGGUUUACGUAAAUGCCGUGAAUAUUGGCCUGAAGAUGGAAUCAUAUACGAAAGAACAUACAAUAUUCUGCUCGAUUUGAUACUGCUGGUUAUACCACUUUUUGUCCUGUGUGCCGCUUACAUACUCAUCACUCGUACACUUUACACUAGUAUAAAAAACGAAAACUUGCUUAAAAACAGUAUUGGAGUGUCUUAUCAACAACAGAGUGAUGGACAUGACAAAAUUAAUCAUUAUGAUGCAGUCCAGAGGAAUAAAAUCUACCCGGAUUCACGCUCAAUUAAUUUACUGCAACAUCAAUCUACAGACCAAUGGAAGGAAGUGAACCUUAAAGAGCAACCAGCAUCAUUGUUUAUGAAAAAGGAGCAGUCAAUUUUGCGAAAAUCAAAUCUUGCAAAAAACUUGGAAAACAAACGACGCGUUGUUAAAAUGCUAUUUGUUUUGGUACUGGAGUUUUUCAUCUGUUGGACACCCUUGUAUGUUAUAAAUACAAUUACACUUUUUAAUCCAACAGUUAUUUAUCAGAAUGUCGGAUACACGACCAUAAGUUUCUUCCAGUUGUUGGCAUAUUCAUCGAGUUGUUGUAAUCCAAUAACCUAUUGUUUCAUGAACGCCGGAUUUCGAAAAGCAUUUCUCCAUACUUUUAUAGGCAUUCAUGGAGCAGGGAAGUGUUGGAGAAGUUCUAGUAAAACAAUUGAUCUGGCUUUAGAAAGUCCGAAAAUUUACUUGAAGCAUUAGUUGUUGCUUUAGUGAAUUUUAAUGAUGUAAAUAAUUUUAUUAGUGUCGUUGCAUUUAGACAAAGUAUCAUAUCAGAACAAUAAAAAGUUAGAACAAAAAUUAAUAAAAUCUGUUGAUGCAAGUACAAGUACAAUAAAAUAUACUUAAAAGUUGAUCGCGUUGAAAAAAGAUUUACUAUUUAUUUUUACAGAAAAACUUCUACAUGGCUAAAAAAUCAUUAUAGA